GUACCAUGCCUGCAGCUUCAUAGGGAUUUAACUAUCAGGGGAAUGACAGGAUCCUACAGCACACGGGAGGAGAGAGCUGGCUUCCUCUGAAACAGCAAGCCUUCCCAUCCUGGAUAUGGGGCAGCAAACCUGUCUAACAAAUGCACAGGUAGGUGAAAUAGCAAGACUUUUGUUAUAUAACCUGCAAGUCUGAUUAUAGGCUAAAAUGUAUCUAGAUUGUUAUUUUAGAGGACAAGAGUAUUUAAACUGUUUAGUUUGCCAGUCUGCAUGUGUAAAUGAUGGGAGCUGUGUCUGUGACAUUGGCAAAAUAAUGAAAUAAAUAAAUGGCUUAUUGCAUGUAUUUUACUACACUAGAAAGGCUAUAAUCAAGAAAAAUACGUGUUUUAGCUGCAUGCUUCGAAUGUCCAUGGAAGCGUCAGAAAAGAAUGCUAGUUUUGUUUAAAACCUUUUUAAUCAUUGUUGCUAAAGGGAGGGUGAAGAGGGGACACUGAUGAGACAGGCAAAGGGUUAUACAUUUAGAAACCUGCUUUUUUUUUGGCAAUGCCAAAACCAUGAAUGAGCUAUUAAAAAAUGCAAAGUGCAGAAAUCAUCUAAAGUUUAUCUAAUGUCUGUGAGUUAUUUAGAAAUUGGACAUUAGCACCCCUUUAUCAUGUAACCCUGAUUUAUAUAACUAAUUAUUUGUAGAUAACUUUACCUACAGUAAAGCACUUUCAAGUAUGUUAAGGAUUUAAAAACAUGUGACUGUGUGCAGUGUGGGGGUAUGUACUUGUGGAAUUUCUGUAUUAAUAGAUAUGUAAUUAUUCUUUAUUUUCUUGCCCAGCACUUGUUGUUUCUCUUUCUGCUCACUAAUUUCCCUGGAUCCUCGCUCAGCGAAGCCAGUUCUAGCAGAGCAUCAGAAUUGCUGUACAGUCUGCAUGAAGGAUUGCCCAGGGGAGUACUGAUUGGGAACAUUGUGCAGGAUUUGCAGCUGGGAUUCCUUACUGAUCCUCCUCUUUCAUUCAGCUUGGCAUCUAAAGGGCUCAGUGGGAAGUAUGUGACUCUCAACAACAGAACAGGAGUGUUAUCUACAUCUGCAGAGGAGCUGGACAGGGAAAACCUCUGUCCGCAAAGCCUUGGUCUUCAGGAUUGUGUACUUCUGCUUGAUAUCAUAAUCUUACCUCAGGAAUAUUUCAGGCUCAUCAAAGUAAAAAUUGCCAUCAUUGAUGUUAAUGACAAUUCUCCACAAUUUCCUGUUUCACAGAUUUUUAUCUCUGUACCAGAAAAUGCUCCUGUUAACACAAGGUUAGUAAUAGAACAUCCUGCUUAUGACCCUGAUGGGGGUUUAAAUUCGGUCCAAACUUACAAGUUAGUGGAUUAUUAUGGUGUUUUUACAUUAGACGUGGAAGAAAAUGAGAGUGGGGAAAGGACACCUUAUCUCAUUAUCAUGGGCCUUCUGGACAGAGAAACAAAAGCUGAAUAUAAAACGAUAAUUAUCGCUGAAGAUGGGGGCAAUCCACCACUUUCGGGCUCUGCCACGCUCUCAAUUCUCAUUAGUGAUGUAAAUGACAACUGCCCCCAGUUCAAAGAGUCUCAGAUUAAUGUAACUCUUCCAGGGAACUCAAGCACUGGGGCAACAGUAACAACAGUGCACGCAGAGGAUAGGGAUUUAGGAGCCAAUGCUGAGAUUACCUACUCCUUCAGUGAAAGAGUUCCACAGAUCUCAAAGGACCAGUUUCAUCUUGAUGAAGACACAGGAGUGAUAAAACUUUCUAAAAAGAUAGAUGGCAGCACCUCCCCGCUCCAUAAACUCACGGUACUUGCCAAUGGCCAGGGCUGUAUCCCGACGGUAAUGACCGUGUUCAUUUCCAUAGCUAAGGUCACAUUUCGACCUCCUGAUGUCGUACCUCGUUAUAUAGCUAAUGAAGACAAUGGGGUAGUUUACCUUAAAGAAUUAGAGCCUAUUCAUUCUCCUAUAGCAUUUUUUACAAUAAAAGACCCGGAAGAAAAAUACAAGGUGGACUGUUAUUUAGAAGGAGAUGGGCCAUUUCGUUUGUCUGCAUACAAGCCUUAUACAAAUGAAUAUCUUCUUGAAACUACAAAUACAUUAGACUAUGAGAUAAGACAGCUGUAUAACAUAGCAGUGGUUGCUGUGAGUGUGGAUGGGCUCCAUGUUAAAAAGUUUCUAAAAGUGCAGAUUUUAGAUGAGAAUGAUAAUUCCCCUGUCUUUACUCAAUCGACUGUAGAAGUGACUAUUGAAGAAAAUAAUUCACCAAAUGCAUUUCUGGCCAAAUUGUAUGCUACAGAUGCCGAUAGUGGAGACAGGGGGCAGGUUUCCUACUUUUUGGGCUCUGAUGCCCCAUCUUAUUUUUCUUUAGACAGAGUGACUGGAAUUCUCACUGUUUCCACGAUGUUGGAUAGGGAAGAAAAAGAGAAAUAUAGGUUCACUGUUAAAGCAAGAGAUUCCGGCUUUCCCGCAAAAGAAACUGUCGCCACUGUGUAUAUUACUGUACUGGACAAAAAUGACAACAGUCCUCGGUUCAUCAGCAAAGAUUUCAGUUUUUUUGUACCAGAAAAUUUUCCAGGUUUGGGGGAAAUUGGGGUCAUUAGUGUCACAGAUGCUGAUGCAGGACAAAAUGGAUGGAUUGCCCUUUCCAUAAUAAAUGGAAGUGAUAUUUUUGUCAUUGAUACUGGCAAAGGACUCCUAAGAGCUAAAGUUUCACUAGACAGAGAACAACAGAGCUCUUACACGAUUUGGGUUGAAGCAUCUGAUGGUGGAGAUCCAACCUUAUCAUCUUCAGCAAAAAUAACUAUCCUGCUUUUGGAUGUAAAUGAUAAUCCACCUUUAGUCUUGUUUCCUCAAUCCAACACAUCUUAUCUCCUUGUCCUUCCGUCAACUCUACCUGGUUCUCCUGUAACUGAGGUAUAUGCUGUUGAUAAAGACACCGGGAUGAAUGCUGUUAUUGCCUACAGCAUAAUAGGAAGGAGGGGGCCUCGACCAGAAUCCUUUAGGAUAGACCCCAAAACUGGAAACAUUACUUUGGAAGAGGCUCUGAUGAGAACUGACUGUGGUUUGUACAGGUUAUUAGUAAAAGUGAGUGACCAUGGUUACCCAGAACCCUUGUUUACUACUGUCAUGGUGAAUCUGUUUGUAAACGAUACUGUAAGUAAUGAGAGUUACAUUGAAAGUUUGCUGAGAAAAGAUCCUGAUAUUAACAUUGAAGAAAAAGAGCCACAAAUUGCAAUUGAGCCUACUCAGAAAAAAAUGGAGACUGAUUCAUGUGUGCCGACACUGGUUACUCUAUCAAUACUGUGCUUAGGCUCGGUUGUUCUAGUGACUUUAAUGGGAAUGUAUAUUUGCAUAAGGAAAGGGAAAAAGGAACACAGAACAAAUGAGAACUUGGAAGUACAAAUCCCAUUAAAUGGGAAAAUUGACUUCCAUCUGCUUGAAAAGAAGCCAAUUGAAAUUUCGAAUAUUUAAUUAUUUUUUCCCUGAAACAAUCUGACAUUUUGGAGGAUAAAAAAAGUAAAUAACACAAUGUGUUGAUCUUGGUUAUGAUGAAGGACCAAUAAUUUAUACCUUAUAGUAAUAUAUAUAUAUAUGUAAAUAUCUCUUUACAGCUUUUUUAAUUAAAGCAACAAUUCUUACAAAAAUUGUAAAGAUAUUUUAUAUAUAAACAUACAUAUGUAACUCCACUACCAAUAGCUAAAGUCAAGCUCUAUGUGCUAUUUAUAUUCAGUAUAUGUUUUACAUCCAAAAGAGGCAAACAGAAAAAUUAAGGUAAAUCAUUUUUGUGCAUUACGAUAUGAUAGUGUUGAAGUAUUAUCCAGCAGAGGGCCUAAAUGCAGUAUAAAAAAAAAAAAUAUUCUAAAACACUGAUUAUAUUUUUAUUAUUUUAUUGUCAUACACUUUUCCAUUCUAUAUUUAUAUUAAAAAAGUGUGAAGAUGGAACAACAAAAAGUACUUCUAAUAGACUGAAUGUAUAUUACCUCAGUUUUAAGUUAAUGUUUAUAGUAAAGCAAUGCUUUAGUUGGGGAACUAUAUAAUUCCAGCUUUAUAUCAAGUGGAUUUUAUCAACCAUUAUGUCUUCUUAUAUAUGCAGUAGGGUUGUUAAAAGUUCUUCUUAAAUGAGGACACAUUGACACUGCAGUAAUGCAAUUGCAUCAUCACAUCUACUGUAC